CGACCUUCUCCCGGGUGUUCCAAAUCACCAUCAACAAACACUUGUUCAGAUAAUGUCUCGGUAAUCAAGCACCCCAAAGACGAAAUCUAAGAGACAAGCAAGUCAGACGAUAUGAAGUUGCUUCGAGCGUUGCAACCCGCCCUCAUUGGGCGCCAGGGCUUGGCGAGACUCCCAAGACCGCUCUCGAUACGAGCUGUACCUCGAGCCGCGGCACUCUGCGCUAGGCAAGACUACAGCACAUUCCAAGACGUUGAGAAACCACCCGACGGCACUCAUAUAGCCCGCCCCCGGGUGCAGACCGGCUCGCAACCGGGAGAGGCGAUAACAAUAACUUAUGGUGGCAAACCCGGGGGCAGCCCAAGGUCCUUCCGCAUGGGCUCCAUGUGGCUCCGGGACAAUUGCCGCUGCACUGAAUGUGUGAAUCAGGACACGAUGCAACGCGACCUUGACACCUUUGCUAUCCCGGAAGACAUCCACCCCACCAAGGUCAGCUCGGAAGAGUUGGGCGUCUCCGUGCUGUGGAGUGAUGGCCACAAGAGUCACUAUGACUGGGACUUCCUUGGGGCACAUACCAUAUAUCGUGAUCGUCUGCACAAGGAUGAGGAUGAUGGGUCACGGCGGGUGCUUUGGGGUGCUGAGGUGGCGAAGAACCCUCCGACAGUCGACUAUUCAUCUGUCAUGGCCAGUGAGGAUGGCGUCGCCGCAUUGACUAGCUACAUCAAACGUGUGGGCUUCGUGUUUGUCCAGAACACCCCGUACGACGACCCUGAGAAGACACGGGAGCUUCUCGAGCGCAUCGCCUUCAUCCGCAUCACGCACUACGGCGGCUUCUACGACUUUAUCCCGGACCUCGCCAUGGCCGACACGGCGUACACUAACCUGGCACUGCCCGCCCACACAGACACCACCUACUUCACCGAACCGGCCGGACUGCAGGCCUUCCACAUGCUCUCUCAUCAGCCUGCGCCGGGUGCCAGCGCUGGGGAAACAGACCUGGGCGGCCAGUCACUCCUCGUGGACGGGUUUAUGGCGGCGAAAGUCCUGAGAGAGGAAGACCCUGUCUCGUUCCGUAACUUGGCUCACGGUUCCGUGCCUUGGCACGCCAGCGGCAACAAAGGCAUAACGAUUGCGCCCGACAAGCUUUAUCCCGUGAUAGAACGUGCCCAAGGUUCGGAUGGUGUGCACAGGAUACGGUGGAACAACAGUGAUAGAGGCGUACAUCCCUUGGGGAUGCAGUGCAGCAGCGCCAAAUGGUACACGGCCGCCCGCAAGUGGAACGAGAUCCUGAAGAGGAAGGAGAUGGAGUACUGGUUCCAGCUGAAACCCGGCACCGUUCUGAUCUUUGACAACUGGCGGGUGCUCCACGGGAGAAGUGCGUUUACAGGAAUCAGGAGGAUCUGCGGAGGAUAUAUCAACAGAGACGACUUCAUCUCGCGAUGGAGGAACACGAACUACCCGCGGAAACAAAUCCUGCGGGAGGUCAUGGGGUUGUAGGCGGUGUUUAGCUUUCAAUUACUACUGGAAGUCUAACCGCAGUUUUGCGUCUGGUGUCACAGGCCAGGCAGGCAAGACAUUCCCCGCUCAGCAGC